AUGCCCUCUCAACCCACUAUAAGCAAAUUCUUUAAGGCACGUCAUCAAUCCCAGAAAACGCGAAUAGACUCGUUAAUUCAGCAAAGGAGGUCAGUUGAGAAAGACCGGCAAAUCCCAAAAAAUGGCUUUACUUCUGUCAAUGGGCUUUCUUCGAUUUCUCCUAUUACAAAGUUGAAAGAUUUGUCGUAUCUAAGGAAACAGGACGCUACAAACAAUGGCAAUUACGAAACUCUCGACGAGAACAGUAGAAAUUUGGCUUCUAUUGAAUUUGCUAGUAAGCUUGAUAAAAGUCUAAAAAGGAAGGAGAUUGAUUAUCUGAGGGUCAAUGACCUUGCAGAAGUCGAGACAACUCCACAAGGAACUGACGUGUCAGACCUGCCAGAAUCCGGAAAAAGAAGGAAAACUGACCAACUCACGCCACUCGACCAGCAAGUCAAAGAUCUCAAACUCGCAAAUUUGGAUAAAAUACUUGCUGUUCGUGUUGGCUAUAAAUACAAAUUCUUUGCGCAAGAUGCUGUCGUUGUCAGUGGAAUUUUGCGUAUCAUGCUCAUUAAUGGCAAGAGGACCUUAGACGACUCUCAUCCACAAGACCAUCUUUAUAAACAGCUCGCUUACUGCAGCAUCCCCGACAAUCGACUUGAAAUACAUUUGAAGCGACUUCUACCCCAUAAUUUGAAAAUUGGAGUCGUAGAACAGACUGAAACACUCGCACUCAAGAAAAACAGUGGAACUGGGAAUAAGGUGUUUCAAAGAAAGGUUGAUAAAGUCUUUACUAAGGCUACUUUUUCGAUCAAUGAGAACUUUGCAUCUGGAGAAGACGACUCUUACAGGCGCGACAACGCCAUAUGGAGUCUUUUCUCAAAAGAAGAUAAUGGAAUACUUUACUAUUUCUUAAUUUCGGUUGAACUUAGUUCGGGCGAGGUUGUUUACGAUCAAUUUUCCGAAAGAUUCGACCAGAAAAGUGAGUUAGAAAAGCGCAUUGCUUAUCUGCGUCCGGUUGAAAUCAUUCAUCAUACCGAAAUUCCUUUCCGAGUUUUGAAACUCAUGAAAAAGAAUGAUCCCACGAUAAUGUUUACUUUAAUUGGCAAGGAAUUCGAGAAGGAUGAGAUUUUGAAUACCCUUUUAGAGAACUCGCUAAACUUGCGCGAAGAAUUUAUGGUUUUGGCCUCAAUUCUUGACGCAUACCUUAGAAGUUAUGGCGCCGAGCAAGUUUUGCGCCUAAAGGAAAAUUAUACACCUUUCAGCUCGAGAUUCCACAUGGUCUUGUCACCUAAUACCCUCGAAAGCUUGGAAGUCUUCAAAAACCGAACGGACGGUAAAAUUAAAGGAUCUCUUCUAUGGCUUAUGGACCAUACCAGAACUCCUUAUGGUUUUGAAAUGUUAAGGAAGUGGAUUGCCAAACCUUUAACGGAUGAAGGUGAAAUAAAUCGGCGCUUCGACGCAGUUCAAUGCAUCAAGGGCGAAAUAACAAAAAUUUUCAUGGAAGGCUUGUGUAAUCUACUAAAAGAAAGUCCGGAUCUUCGUCGCAUUCUGAAUCGAAUUUCAUAUGGACAAACAUCACGGAAAGAAAUCUACUUUUUUCUGAAACACCUCGACAAGAUCGCAUGCCAUUUUCGUAGACAUCUAAGGUACCUUGAUGAUAGUGUGUUGGCCCAGGACGGCAAAAUUUCUCAAAAGUCUCAUCUUUUGAGUGACAUUCUAAAUUCUCUAAACAAGAUGUUAUCGGAAUGUCAAUUCGACCACCAGCUGAAUAUGAUUAACGUGGUGGCUGUCAUGGAUAAAGACAAAGAAAAGAACAAGGUUGAAUUUUUUAAUUUGAACAAUUACGACAAUGCAGAGGUAAUUGUUGCUAAGCUUAGAGAUAUUGAGGGAAUCAGGGAAAAGUUGCAUAAUGAGCUGGAAGAAGUACGAAGGGUGUUAAAGCGACCCAAUUUCAAUUACAAAGAUGAAAUAGAGUAUCUGAUAGAAGUGCGCAAUUCCCAGGUUGCUGGUUUGCCAAAAAGUUGGGUGAAAGUCAAUUCGACGAAACUGAUUAGCAGAUUCCGCACGCCCGAAAUUCAAAGGCUUGUCGACGAGUUGGAUUAUCAAAAAACCCUGUUGAUUAUAAUUAAUGAAGAAGAGUAUUUGAGGUUCUUAUCGAAGAUCCGCCAAAGUUAUGGGAAUUUAAAGAGCAUUAUCGAUAACUUGGCGACUUUUGACUGCAUUCUGAGUUUAGCAGCCACUUCUAUGAACAAGGAUUAUGUGAGGCCGGUCUUAUGCAGUGAUAAGCGGGAAAUAUCUGUUUCAAACGGACGGAACCCAAUAAUCGAGUCUCUGGAUGUCAAUUAUGUCCCCAACGAUGUGCAUAUGUCUGAAGAAAACAAAAUUACGGUUAUAACUGGCCCGAACAUGGGAGGCAAGUCAUCUUAUAUUCGCCAGGUCGCGCUUAUAAUCAUUAUGGCCCAAAUUGGCUCCUUUGUCCCCGCGGAGAAAGCAAUUCUCCCUACAUUCGACAGCAUCCACACCCGGAUAGGUGCUUACGAUAAUCUUCUGAAAGGAGAAUCAACUUUCAAGGUUGAAAUGCUCGAAAUGUUGGACAUCUUGACGAAUUCUACGAAAGACUCACUUUUGUUGCUUGAUGAAGUGGGAAGAGGCACUGGCACUAUUGAUGGAAUUAGCAUAUCAUAUGGAAUCUUGAAAUAUUUUCUAGAUCAGGGAAUCAUGUGUCCCUACAUUCUGUUCAUUACUCAUUAUCCAAUACUAGGUGCCAUUAAAUCUCCUCUGAUAGGAAAUUGCCAUAUGUCGUACUUGGAGGAGACCAGACCGGGAGAAAAAUGGCCUAGUGUUGUUAUGCUUUACAAGCUCGUUCAAGGACCAACUCACAGUUCUUAUGGCCUUAACGUUGCGCGGUUAGCGGGCAUACCACUUGAUAUCAUCAAUCGAGCAUUUGACAUUUCGCAAAGAAUGAGGGAAGAAUCUGAGGAAGCUGCUAACAUAAACUUCUUUUACAAAGUUAAGUCCAUCAUUACAGACACGACCCUUGACAAACAGCAAAAGAUCAGUUGUUUGUUUAACUUGAGUACCUUAAAUGACCAAUAA